UGGUCCCGUAUUCCUUGAAGAGAUUUCUCCAUACCUGUUGAUGAUGUUUUCUGGGAGACCAUGAUGACGGGUGACGUGGUCGAAGAAGAGUUUGGCGACGUCCUUGGCUUGGCAGGUGGUGGUGCAAGGGAUGGAAUGGGUGUGCUUGGUAAGGCAACAGACAACAACAUAGAUGCAAUCGUGACCAUGGUCGAUCAUGGGGAGACCACAAACGAAGUCCGUGGAGACAGAUUGCCAGCAGUGGGUGGGUAUGGGGAGAGACUGGAGUUUGCCAACCUUGGCUUGGUUGGAAGUAUUGACGGCUUGGCAAGUAGGGCAAGAACGGAUGUAGGCUUUGACGUCGGCAAGGAGCGAGGGCCAGUAGAGGUAACGGGAGAUAUGGUCAAAGGUUUUCUGGAAACCGAGGUGUCCGACAGUCUUGGUGUUGUGGUGCUCCGCCAAGAAUUGUGUACAGAUACCACAGACGGAAUGGACGCAAAGGCUGCGGGUUUCUUUGGUGUCAAUGUAGAGGAGAUGGUCGAGGAGGUAGUAGUCAGGGACAAUGUCAAGGUUGCGGAGUUUGGUGUAGGUAGAGGCGAAGUCAGGGCAGGAAGUGUAGCCAUGGGGGAAACGAUAUCGAAGAGAUUGGGGCAGGUUGAUAUGAGUCAUGGUCGUGAAAACUUUCUCGGGGGGCUUGUGAUCGGGUCGGCGAGAGAGGGCAUCGACAACAUGAUUGGUCUUGUCGGGAGUAUGGCAAAUGGUGAAGAGGAUGGAAAUUACAUUCUCGAUGUACUGAAGGUGGGACUCGAAGCUGGUUCCGAAGGGGGAGGAGCUAGGCUUAAUGAAUCCUUUUUCAAGGAGUUCAUUGAGCUGGCGCUUCAUCUCUUCAACCUCGGGGACAGAGACUUGGUACGGAGGGCAACAAUGAGGAGAAUGGUCGGGUUCGAGGUCGAUGGUGUAAGAUACACCGCGAUAGGGUGGCAAGCCGGCGGACAAGGACUCGAGGAAGACGUCCUUUAAUUCUGAGAGGGGAGAGGUGAUGCAAGGGUCGAAUGGGGGAGCUUGGUCGGGUUUGUCCAUUGGAAUCAAGUCCUCGGGACGCU